GCAGAAACACAGCCGCUUCCGUGUUGUUGCUUGUGUGUUUUUCGGGUGAAUAACUGUCGGUGAGCGUCGCCGGAGGUCGACUGUCAUGAUUGAGUGAAGCUAACGCUCGUGCUCGGCUUCUCUUCUUCUUCUUCCCGCCAUGUCGCUGCUGCAGAGCUCCAAGAAGAGAGACAAGCGUGUCUUGUCCGGUACCUGUCCGGACCCGAAAUGCCAGGCGAGGCUGUUCUUCCCGGCUCACGGCUCCGUCAGCAUCGAGUGCACGGAGUGCGGCCAGCGGCACGAGCAGAAGAACCUGUUAACCGUGGAGGAGGUGACCGAUCCGGACGUCGUGCUCCACAACCUGCUCAGAAACGCCCUGCUGGGCGUCACGGGGGCCCCUAAGAAAGGCACGGAGCUGGUGAAGGUGAUGGGUCUGUCCAACUACCACUGCAAGCUGCUGUCCCCGGUGCUCACCAGGUACGGCAUGGACAAGCAGACCGGCAAGGCCAAGCUGCUGAGGGACAUGAACCAGGGCGAGAUGUUCGACUGCUCGCUCCUGGGGGACCGGGCGUUCCUGAUCGAGCCGGAGCACGUCUCCACCAUGGGCUACGGCAAGGACCGGUCGGGCAGCCUCAUAUACCUCCACGACACCCUGGAGGAGGUGAAGAAGGCCAACGUCAGCGGGGAAUGUCUCAUCCCGGUCCACGUGGACGGAGACGGGCACUGUCUGGUCCACGCCGUGUCCAGAGCGCUGGUGGGCAGAGAACUCUUCUGGCACGCCCUGAGGGAGAACCUGAAACAGAACUUCAAGCAGAACCUGGAUUGCUACAAGGCCCUCUUUCAGGAUUUUAUCGAUGCCGCCGAGUGGGAGGACAUCAUCAACGAGUGCGACCCCCUGUUCAUCCCGCCCGAGGGCGUCCCGCUCGGACUACGCAACAUCCACAUAUUUGGUUUAGCCAACGUCCUCCACCGACCCAUAAUCCUGCUGGACUCCCUGAGCGGGAUGAGGAGCUCUGGGGAUUACUCGGCCACCUUCCUGCCGGGCCUGGUGGCCGAAGAGCAGUGCCGGGGGAAAGACGGGAAGCUCAACAAGCCCAUCUGCAUCGCGUGGAGCAGCUCGGGCAGGAACCACUACAUCCCUCUGGUGGGAAUCAAGAACACCGUGCUGCCCAAGCUGCCGGCCCGCCUGCUGCCGAAGGCCUGGGGAGUCCCUCAGGAGCUCAUCAGGAAGUACAUCAAGCUGGAACCGGACGGGAGCUGCGUGAUCGGCGGCGACCGCAGCCUGCAGGACAAAUACCUGAUGCGGCUGGUC